AUAAACACUUACCUUACAGCCUGCCUAACAGUGUACCAAGUAGCUUGUCUAACGUGUGGGAGGAGUAGUGUAGUCAGGAAAGAGAGAACUACACAUGAACAUUAGAUUUAUGAUUUCGAAUAUAAUGUUGGCCUUGACCUCGUCUUUCCCGGGGACAAAACAUUAGAUUUACGCAGUUAUUUUGUAUAGAACUUUAGAGAAAUUAUCACCCAAAUUUUGAAAGAACAAAUAAUAAUGAUUUUAAAGGAUAUAAAAAACAGCAAAUAUUAUCGUUUUUGUGAAAAGUGAGUACAAGUUAGUCAUAUUUAAAAUUGCGACAGUUGUAUCCUAUGUAAACUAUUUCGCGUGUGCUAUGAAAUUUGCCGCGAAAAACAAAGAUGGCAGACAUGGAAAAUCAACAAAAUGUACAACCUUUUGAAGAGGAGCCUACUGACCCAGAUGGUCCUGAACCAGAAACAGAAGAGGUUGAAAAGACGGAAAGAAUUGUAAGGUUUCCUAUUACUCGCAUCAAAACAAUUAUGAAGCAAGAUCCCGAUGUGAAUUUAGCCAGUCAAGAAGCAGUUGCCCUCAUAGCAAAAGCAACAGAAUUUUUCAUUGGUGCCAUGGCAAAAGAAUCCUAUUCUUUCACUCUUCAGGGGAAAAGGAAAACUGUACAGAAAAAAGAUAUAGAUAAUGCAAUAGAUGUUACAGAUGAAUUUGCAUUCUUAGAAGGUACUUUGGACUCAUAGCAUCAAUGACAAUACAAUACAAUACAAUAUAAUAAAAAGCUGAAGGCUCAUAAUGCCAAUGUAAAUAACAUGAGACAACAGUGUUGCUAUGGAGAUUAGAGACAGACAUCAAUACUCUGGUAUACGGAG